AUGAACUCGUUUCAGGUUUUCGCACCUUAUUUUCCACAGGCAUCUGCUGCUGUCGCCCCCAACGAACUGUUAGGCACUUGCUUUGACGAAGCGUGGGCAGCAUCGAUUUCAGCAAAUCUGUCCAUUUCAGCUAACGAUCGCGAUUCGACGGGCACUCUGAUCAAUCCGUAUCUCCAUGGGGCCCUCAGCACUCCACGCUUCCGUGUGAACGAUGCCCGCACAGCCCGCGCACGUGAUGAACUGUUCCAGUCAGAUUGCAUGCCCUCGGAUGCGGUUUUCUAUGGCGUUGGUGUACGUGUCGACAGCGAUGGUAAUGUGAUCGACCCAGGACGUGUUAACGGUUCACUUGUACUGGAGAUCGACACCUGGAGCUCGCAUGCACUCUCCUCAACAGUGUUGGCUAUUCUAGCGCAAGAAUUGUUAGGGUACGAGGUAUCCUUCUUCAAAGCCUCUGGGUCAGCGGAUAUGACACAGCGGAUGUCUUCCGUCAGAACGGGAACUUGCUCGCCCACACACGCCAAUAUCGAGGUAUGGAUGGACGCGGCAACAGUUCGCGCGCUCGCUGUAUAUUCCAACGAAUCCUCCUUCGUUGGAAGCGUGGGGUAUGACGGACUCUCAGGACUUUUCACAAGCACUACGCUCAUUGAGACUGGGCUGGCUGCAUCACCUUCAUCUGAGGCUUGUACAACAAGGGAGUUGCAGGGUGGUGAGUGCCUUGUGGUCAUCAUGAUGGACGCGUCUUACGAUAGUGGUUAUUUGCAGGCCUCGAUGUCCAACAACGGUAUUCCAGCUUACUUUUGCUUCCUUGGAAUAACUGGGGCCGUAAAAUACGUGGCUGAAGCGCUGGCGAAAAAGACGCCUGUAGCGUUCUACAACUAUCAGCCGAACGAGUUUUUCCAGCAUCAUGUGGGUGAGAUCGAGCGAGUAUCGCUACCGUGGGCUACACCGGAGCUAACAGCAGUGGAUACGGGGGAUUUCGGAGAAAAUGGCUAUGGGCAUGCCACCAACAAUCCCGUCCGGGUUGACUUCCCGCACCUACUCCUUGGGAACUUUGCAGCAGCCUGUAGUUGGCUACGCGCGCCGGAGAACUAUGCUACUUGGAGUGGCUGGUUGAAUCCUCUACCCUCGUGCGAAUACGAUGUUCACUACAGCUACACCAUUGAGGGGUGCGACUCCACCUCGAAUGGCACCGACACUUUUCCUCGUCGUAUGAAAUUCUACUGGCGAUCCCCACGGCCGGAAAAUGCGUCACUACCUUACAAUUGUGACCCGUUCCACUUGCCGAACUCGCGGUUGCCUAGCACAUUGAGCACCAGCCGCUCAUGCUCCUGGCUGUCUCAAAACUCCAACACUUGGCUCGUGUGGGCGACUCUGGGAACACAGCCCACUUGUGACACUAGUUUCUACACUUACGACGUCUCUGAGUGCACCAACUCGGGUCAGCGCGAGGUGACGUACCGCUGGUAUCUUCCCAGCACCACGAAUGCGUCGUUCUCGAGCGAGUGUAGCGACGGAAUGACUCUCCCUGACUCGGUUUUGAUCGACUGUGAGUACGUGCCGUACUCCACCACAGCAUCGCAAGCGGUUUUUGUGAUAGCUUGCUUGUCUGCAUGUAUCAUGCUCGGAGGUAUCGUCUUCGUGGUGUACGAGCGGGAAAAGCCCAUCGUCAAGCGAUCGCAGUACCAGUUCCUCGUGACGAUGCUACUUGGUGGUCUACUGAUGUGCGUCGCCACAAUUUUCUACAGUGGACCCCCCUCGCGGGUAGUUUGUGCUUUGCGUCCAACGCUCGUAUCGUGGUCCUUCACGCUGAUCUUCGGUUCGUUGGUGGUGAAAUCCAUGCGCGUCUACCGAGUUUUUCUAUCAAGUACCAUGAAGCGCGUCGUGCUGUCUGCUGGGACCAUGAUGAAGGUCUUGGCUGGCUUCCUGAUGGUAGACAUCAUUAUCGUGGUGAGUUGGGAGCUGGUAUCGCCAUCUGAAGCGGUCAUCAAAGCCGAAAGCGAUGCCGAGAUCGGUGGACUCACAGUGGACCGCCUCCGCUGCGCCUCCGGCAGCUCUGUCUUCGUUGGGCUGCUGUUCUUCUGGAAGGCGGUCAUGCUUUUCGGCGGGCUGUAUUUAUCCAUCCUCAUCCGCAAAGUCUCGUCCGACUUCCAGGAGUCCGUGUGGAUCUUUGCAUCCUCCUGUGUGGUGCUCUUCUCGAGCCUGUUGCUGCUCCCGAUGGGGUACUUCGUGACGCUGUCUGCAGCGGCCUUCUUCCUCUUCUUCUCCUUCAUCGUGCUGAGCGCCACGAUGCUCGUGAUCGGGCUCAUGCUGGUGCCCAAAAUCGUCCGUCUGCACGACUUGGCCACGAGUGCUGCUAGCGAGAUGGCGAGCGUCAAGACAACGAGGGAGAAGCCCAACUCGAUGUCCGUCUCUGAGGCCCAAGUGGCGCCGCUGCCGACUCGCUCGGGAACCAGCGCCGGCAGCAAGAACAGCAAGAGCCGAAUGAGCAGCAAGAGCAUGCGUCAUUCAUCCAUCACUUGUCUGCAGUGCUCGACGCUCGCGCCCCUCGCCUCGAUGAGACUUCCCAGCGGAUUCUUCGCCUCAGCUGCACAUCGCGGAGCUGCCGCUCGCAGCUUCGCGCUGGCUCGACGCAGCAAGAGCACGCUGUCGUACCGAGUGUUCGAGGACGCCAGCAGCGGCAAGACGCCCACGAAGACGGCGCUGGUGAUGCACGGUAUUCUCGGGAACAAGCUCAACUGGCGCACGUUCUCCCAGAAACUGACGAAGGUGAACCCUGAUUGGCGGUUCAUCUGCCUGGACCUCCGCGGUGACAAGCUCGCCGAUCAUUUGAAGGUUGAGCCGACGGCUGUGCUGGGACACUCGUUCGGUGGCAAGGUGGCGCUGACGUACCUGCAGCAAUGCAUGCACCAAGACCGCGCACCGCCCAGUCAGGUCUGGGUUUUGGACUCGCUCCCCGGAACAGGUGAGACGGACUACGCAAGCCGGGACCUGACGAACUCGAUCGAGACGAUCUUGCCGGUUGUGAAGAAAAUCCCUUUGCCGAUCCGUUCAAAGGUGCAACUGGUGAAGGACCUGCAGGACCAAGGCGUUGCGUUGGGUGAAGCUCAAUGGCUCACCACCAACUUGCGUCUGGCCAACAAGAGCCCGGAACUCUACGAGUGGAAGAUGGACGUCGAUGUGAUCGAGCAGCUCUUCCGCUCUUUCCUGGCCACGGACCUUUGGCCAGUGGUGGAGAACGCGCCUGCGACGGAGGGCAAGGACGUGGAGCUCCACUUUGUGCACGCCUCGAAGAACAACAUGUGGACCCCGGACCUGCUCGACCGACUGGACGCCCAGCAGGAAAACCAGCCUUUCGCGGGCGUUAAAAGGUCGUACGCGUCUCUCAGGGAUGACUGGUUGACAAAGUUGCUCUGGCGUUUUAUUGUGGACAAUGGACUACUCAGUCUUGAAUUUACUUGUGAAGCACUAGAGCGCCAAUCGGAGACGCCGGAAGGAAUCUCGUUGUUUUCUGGUACGGUUUGCUCGACUACAGAUGGCACCGGCGAUAGCAAGUUCGCCAAGAUAACGCUACCGUACUUGUUUGGUGCAAGCCCGUACGUGGUCUUGGAUCCAAACUUAAUUGUGGAGGAGUACGCAGCUGGGCAAAGUUGCGAUGCGACGGAAUUGACUGGUAUCACGACGUAUCUGGCCGACGGCAAGUGCCACAAGACGGGAAACACGGAAAGUUAUAUGGCAACACGGUCCGCGGAUGGAUCA